CAUGCAUGACAGCCAAGGAGAUGUGGACUUAGCACCAUUUAUGAGGAAGGAAAGACAAAAGGGAUCUUAAACCGAAGGGAUAUCCGGAGAGAGGAGGAGGAGGAAGGUCCGAAGAGGGGAGGGGAGAGACAGCCCUUUGCUCUCCUCCAUGACCCCCUUCCUCUUACCCAGAGCAGCACAACAAACCUAGAGCCUUCCAGUUCUUGUCAUCCCCUUAGCUGCCUUUGAUGCCAUGGGGAACAGUUUCUCCAGUAUCCCAGCAAUGCCUAGGGGCAACCCCAACCGCUUCCACAGGGUCCAUCAUCAACAUCUCAAAGAUUCCAUCGGUGGACCCUUUCCUGCUUCCUCUCAUCGAUACCACCACAAGCAAAAGCACUGUCUACCCAUCUCACAGUGUGGCACUCUCUCUGUCAGCCCACUGCUUUUCCAUCCUCACACCAAGGGGUCACAGAUCAUUAUGGAUACUACUCAGAAAGUGGUCAAGCGACAGGCAAGUUUCUGCAAUGCAAUCACCUUCAGCAACAGGCCAAUAGUCAUCUAUGAGCAAAUUAGGCUUAAGAUCACAAAGAAGCAGUGUUGUUGGAGUGGAGCUCUUCGACUGGGAUUUACAUCCAAGGAUCCCUCUAGGAUUAACCCAGAAACUCUGCCCAAAUAUGCAUGCCCGGAUCUGGUUUCUCAAAGUGGAUUUUGGGCAAAGGCCCUUCCAGAAGAGUUUGCAAAUGAAGGAAAUAUCAUAGCGUUCUGGGUGGAUAAAAAGGGACGUGUAUUUUAUCGCGUGAAUGAUUCUGCUGCCAUGUUGUUCUUCAGUGGGGUAAGGACAACUGAACCAUUGUGGGCUUUGAUUGAUGUCUAUGGACUCACUCGUGGAGUGCAACUAUUAGGUUCUACUCUCAUGGCUGAACACCUGGCGCCAUCAGCACCAAGCUCACCCACUUCAUCUCCCACUUCAUCUUCCAUUCUUUGCAAUGAGGUUUCUGAUCCUGUUCUAUGUAUAUCUGGUUCUGGCCCACUUGGCAGCUCACUCAGUGGUACGGCUCCAAACUCUCCAAUCAGUAUGCCAGAAUCCCCUCUUUCCUCUUCCAUCUCAGGAUCUUGGAAUGAUGAGUGUACUAUCUGCUAUGAGAAUAUGGUGGACACUGUGAUUUACUCCUGUGGACAUAUGUGUCUGUGUUAUACAUGUGGGCUUAAACUAAAGAAGAUGGCUAAUGCCUGUUGUCCUAUCUGUAGACGUGCAAUCAAGGACAUAAUCAAAACCUAUCGCAGCACUUAAAGUCGCAUGGCAGAAGGGUAGGAACUAGGAAGAGGAUCUUCAUAAAACUUAACCAGGACAAGGAAGGUGGGAGGAAGUGGUUCCCUUCUUUAAAUAUGUAGCUAAUUUUAAAUAUGUAGCUAAUUUUGAAUGUGGUUAACUGUGGGUACAGCCUUCUCCCACCUGAAAUUCGAGGGCUAAAAAUAUCUUCUUUCCUUGGCAUCUAACAAAGUGCUCCUGUGAACAUUUAAUAUGUGUAGCCAGCAAGAAAGGCUGGAUUUCAUGUCUUGGCUCUCCAUUGCAUUUUUGCUGUCCCUCCUUCCUAGUUGGAUGUUACAAGGAUCAAAGGAAAAAAUGUGAAAUAAGCAGAUUUUCACGUUAGGUUAAGUGAACUAAAUGAAUACUUGGAAACAAGAAUAGAAUAAGGACAAAUCAUUUCAGUGCUAGAACUACCUUGAUGGGCAAGAGAGCCUCACAUAGGAUUUCCCCCCAAUUUUCCUAAUCAUAUCAGUGGCUGCCAUAUUCUAAAAAUAAUUAUAAUGCAGCACAUGCUGCUACUAUGAAAGAUUAUGCUUGGAUUAGUUUUUCUAUGCUGUGCUGUGCACAGAGGGCCAGCAGCUAACCGUUGACUUUGAUUCUACUUAUUGUAGCUAUCCUCUUCUACUUUUUCAAGGCAGAAGCUGUUCAUAUCUCAGAAGCAUGUUAUUAGUUCCUUCUUUAAUCACUUUCCUCUUUUACUUUUAUUUCCGAAGUUCAUUACACUAGGAAGUGGUGCUUUGGGAAAAUAAUGGCAGAUGAUGUCAAAGCCAUAAGGAUGAAAGUUGGAAAAGUUUUAUUUUUAAUUUAAUUAAUUAAAUUAAUUAAUUAUCUAUCCCAGGUUUGAAAGGAAAGAAAAUGAUCAGUUGUAUAAUCUUUUGCCAAAAUGAAUGUGUGUUACAGAGCUGGAUUUAUAUUGUUGGAAGGAAAAGAAAGCAGGACCAAAAUGGGUUUUAUUUUUUAUUUGCCUCAUUGAUUUAAUGAAGGAUUCAUAUGAGAAGAACAGGUGAAGAAUAUGUUAAUUUCACUUACUCAUAGAACCAUAUGUAUCCUUGGCAUAAUUGAAUUCUUGGAAUUUUUUUCUGUCUCCGUUCACAAGUAAUGUCAUAUUUUAUCUUUCAUUUUCAAUAGUUCAUUGUUUUCUUGUUUUUAGCUCUUCCACUUAACAAAUCUUAAAUCAGAAAUUGCAUUUUACAAUUAAUAUAUUCCAAGUGAGCUAACUAUGUCUGAGAUGAUUGAUUGAAAAAUGACAACAAUAUCAUACCCUAGCUCACAAUUUCAGUUCCCCAAUAUUGACAAUGCAGGUUUAGAGGGUGAAUAAUUAAAUUAAGAUAGAAAUCUAAGAAAAAAUAAUAAUUGACAUGCCAUUUUUCAUCCAGUCCAAAUAAUAGUGUUUGUGCUGAACACUUCUAGUACAUAUUUUACAGCGCAGAGAUUUUGCUGAACUGUAAGGUUGACAUAUUUUAUAAUUAAGGCGAUGCUGCAUAGAACUCCCCCUCCAUUUUAUAUGAUAAAUUGGACCUCAGGAUUCAAGAAGCCACAUUCUCUACACAUUGAUAUCUCAGUAAGUAGAGAAACUGUCAUUUGGGGUUUUUUUCGUCAUCUAUGAUUGUGGAGGACUACCCAAAUCCUCAAUUAAUUUUGUCUAUCUUUGGGCUUCAAAUUACAAUAGCCAUGUGGUGUUUAACAGAAAUGCUCAACUCAUACUAUGCUAGUCCUAUAACUCCACUGUAUGAAAUUAAUUCAAGUGCUGGAUGGUUGUUACAAAAAUCACCUUGAAAUUUUGCAAGCACACAAUUACUUAAUAUUGUACUCUGGGAACCAGCAAGGAUCUUGUCAGUAUCACUAUGAUCAGAGCUAGACAAUUGGUGCCCUACAGAUAUUUUAGAUUUUGAUUUUCAUCCAUUCUACCAAGAAUGGCCCAAAACAAGGAACCAUAGCAACUGCUGGCCCAAAUAUCUGGAGGUUAUAAGCUUGCAUCUUUGGUCAUAUCCUUAUAAAGGGAACUAAUGUGCAACCAGUUAGGUUUCAUGCUACAGUUCAAGUCCUAUGUAGAUGGAAAACUGGUUUAAUGGGGUGAGAAAUAUGUGCCACCCCAGACAUUACCAAACCACAAUUAGUAGCAGCCUUUGGCCAGCAUGACUUAUGGUAGUGGGUGAUGGAUUUUCAGUAACAUUUUCAGGGUUCUAGAUUCUUCUCACCUAUGUUGCCAUGCAAGAAACUUGUUGCUAAACUAGUUACAAUUCUAAAAUGGAAUAAUUAAUUGUAAAGUGUUUGCUUGUUCCAGGAAAUUCUGAAAGGAUUGAGUGCUAGUUUUUUUUU